CCCCUCCCUCUCCUCCUCCUCCUCAUCAUCAGCAUCACAUGCAGCCCUCAAUUCAAGUGUACACCGGGGAAAACUGGUGAUCACAGGGAUGUGUGAAGAGAGUACAUGGGGAGCAGAAAUCAAUGGAUUGGAUGGAAUGGAAAUUUUCAAUAGAAACUCCGGAGUUGUUUUGACAAGUGAAGAGUAGAAGUGGAGCGUGUGUUCCGUUUUCCUUUCCUACUUGGCUGUUCUUUGCUGUUUGUUUGUCUCCUCGCCGUGUGUGAGGAUGGAAGUGGAUCUAGAGCCAAUCUGUUUUUAUUAUGACUACAAGGACUGGCAGGCGAUGAAGCGUGAAGAGAAGAAUUAGAGUCGGACGAAAGAAAACUGAUGUCAGUGGUAAACUGGACCCUGGAGCUCGGACCAUGGCACAAGGGAAGGAGCUGUUGUUGUCGCUGCUCUACUUUAUGUCAGAGUUUUGGCUCAGUUCACAGCAAGUUCUGAGGAUCGGGGGCAUCUUUGAGACGCUUGAAAAUGAACCCAUAAGUUUGGAAGAACUGGCCUUUAAAUUUGCUGUAACCAGCAUAAACAGGAACCGGACUUUAAUGCCAAACACAACGCUGACCUACGACAUCCAGAGAAUAAACCAGUUUGACAGUUUUGAGGCCUCUAGAAGAGCCUGCGACCAGUUGGCACUCGGCGUUGGGACCAUUGUGGGCCCCUCUCACAGCUCAUCUGUCAGUGCAGUCCAGUCGAUAUGUAACGCCCUGGAAGUCCCACACAUCCAGACACGCUGGAAACACCCGUCAGUGGACAACAGAGACAGCUUCUUCAUCAACCUCUACCCAGAGUACGCCUCCAUUAGCCGGGCUGUGCUGGACAUUGUGCAGUUCUAUAAGUGGAAAGCUGUCACUGUUGUCUAUGAAGACGCAACUGGCCUAAUUCGUUUACAAGAGUUGAUCAAAGCUCCAUCCAGGUACAACAUUAAAAUCAAGAUCCGCCAGCUGCCAACAGGAAGUAAAGACGCCCGUCCUCUGCUGAAAGAAAUGAAGAAGGGAAAGGAGUUCUGUGUGAUCUUUGACUGCUCAUACCAAACAUCUGCUGAUGUUCUCAAGCAGAUCUUGUCUAUGGGGAUGAUGACUGAAUACUAUCACUUCUUCUUCACAACACUGGAUCUUUUUGCGCUCGACCUGGAGCCGUAUCGCUACACUGGCGUCAACAUGACAGGUUUCAGACUUCUCAACGUCGACAACCCUCAGGUUGCCGCGGUGAUGGAGAGGUGGUCCAUCGAAAGACUGCAAUCUCCUGGGAAAGUGGAGACCGGAAUGAUGGAGGGGAUGAUGACGACUAAUGCGGCUCUGAUGUAUGAUGCUGUCUUCAUGGUGGCUGCUGCAUCACAACGUGCUUCCCAGAUCACCGUCAGCUCCCUGCAGUGCCACAGACACAAACCCUGGCGCUUUGGAUCACGCUUUAUGAACAUGAUCAAAGAUGCACAAUGGAACGGCUUGACAGGACAAAUAAUUAUAAACAAGACAGAUGGCCUGCGGAAGGAAUUUGAUUUAAAUGUCAUCAGCCUAAAAGAAGACGGCUUGGAGAAGAUCGGGGUGUGGAACUCCCAGACAGGCCUUAAUCUAACAGAAAACAACAAGGAUUCAAACGCCAAUGUGACUGACUCUAUGGCUAACAGAACCCUGAUCGUCACGACACUGCUGGAGAAUCCUUAUGUAAUGUAUAAGAAAUCUGACAAGCCUCUGUACGGGAAUGAUCGCUUCGAGGGUUACUGCCUCGAUCUGCUCAAAGAGCUCUCCAACAUUUUGGGAUUUUCCUAUGAAGUUAAGCUCGUGUCAGACGGCAAAUAUGGAGCCCAGAAUGAUAAGGGCGAGUGGAAUGGCAUGGUCCGAGAACUCAUCGAUCACGUGGCUGACUUGGCCGUGGCUCCUCUCACCAUCACAUAUGUGAGAGAAAAAGUGAUCGAUUUCUCCAAGCCCUUCAUGACACUGGGGAUCAGCAUUCUCUACCACAAACCCAACGGCACCAACCCAGGAGUCUUCUCCUUCCUCAACCCUCUCUCUCCUGAUAUCUGGAUGUAUGUGUUGCUGGCCUGUCUGGGUGUCAGCUGUGUGCUGUUUGUCAUUGCCAGGUUUACUCCGUACGAGUGGUACAACCCACACCCCUGUAACCCAGACUCUGAUGUGGUUGAAAACAACUUCACCCUGAUAAACAGUGUCUGGUUCGGAGUUGGAGCUCUCAUGCAGCAGGGGUCUGAGCUGAUGCCUAAGGCCCUCUCUACCAGAAUCGUUGGUGGUAUCUGGUGGUUUUUCACACUCAUUAUCAUCUCCUCUUACACUGCAAACCUGGCUGCUUUCCUCACGGUGGAGAGAAUGGACUCACCGAUUGAUUCUGCUGAUGACUUGGCCAAGCAGACCAAAAUAGAGUAUGGUGCUGUGCGGGAUGGCUCCACUAUGACCUUCUUUAAGAAAUCUAAGAUCUCGACCUAUGAAAAAAUGUGGGCCUUCAUGAGCAGCAGGAAGAACACGGCUCUGGUAAAAAACAAUCGAGAGGGGAUACAGAGGGUCCUCACCACAGACUAUGCUCUUCUGAUGGAGUCGACCAGCAUCGAGUACAUCAGCCAGCGCAACUGUAACCUCACACAGAUCGGAGGCUUGAUAGAUUCCAAAGGAUAUGGUGUGGGAACUCCAAUUGGUUCCCCGUACAGAGACAAGGUCACUAUCGCCAUCCUACAGCUCCAGGAGGAAGGGAAGCUGCACAUGAUGAAGGAGAAGUGGUGGAGAGGGAACGGCUGCCCGGAGGAGGACAGCAAAGAGGCCAGUGCUCUGGGCGUGGAAAACAUUGGUGGAAUCUUCAUUGUGCUGGCAGCUGGACUGGUGCUUUCUGUUUUUGUGGCAAUUGGAGAGUUUAUUUACAAAUCCAGGAAAAACCUGGACAUCGAGGAGGUGAGUGUGGGCCAGUGUGAGUGGCACAACAAGUAUUAGACUAAAGGGAUUCUAUUAAAGUCUGGACAAGCUGGACCAAGGUACUGGACCAACGUCUGAAUGGGUUAAACUGCAUUGUUACAAUCACAUUUACAAACUUUUGAAUGCAGGAUUUGAUUUUUCCAGUCUUUUCUGGUUUGAAAA